AAAACACCUUCGACCAGCAACCAAACAACCCCUUAUUUCCCUAGGUCUUACGUCAUCAACUUUUAUUUAACUCCCAUUCUCUGAUCUACUCUAGUCUGCUCUUUUCUUCCGUCAGUGAACCUAAAGGGCGAAUAUCAGAGAGCAUCACCAAAGGUGUAAUUUCACAUACAACAAAAAUGGCUGAGUCGUCUCGUGAAGAAAAUGUGUACUUGGCCAAGCUGGCUGAGCAGGCAGAGCGAUAUGAGGAAAUGAUUGAGUUUAUGGAGAAGGUCGCAAAGACAGCAGAUGUUGAGGAGCUGACUGUUGAGGAAAGGAAUCUUCUCUCUGUGGCCUACAAAAAUGUGAUUGGCGCAAGAAGAGCCUCAUGGAGGAUAAUCUCUUCAAUUGAGCAAAAGGAGGAGAGCCGUGGAAAUGAAGACCAUGUCAACACUAUUAAAGAAUACAGAAGCAAAAUUGAGGCUGAACUCAGCAAGAUUUGUGAUGGGAUUUUGAACCUCCUUGAGUCCAACUUAAUACCAUCAGCCUCGACAGCUGAGUCGAAGGUUUUUUACUUGAAGAUGAAAGGUGAUUACCAUAGGUACCUGGCUGAGUUUAAAACAGGGGCAGAGAGGAAAGAAGCCGCUGAGAACACUUUACUUGCAUACAAGUCUGCUCAGGAUAUUGCUUUGGCUGAACUGGCUCCUACUCACCCAAUCAGGCUGGGACUUGCCCUUAACUUUUCCGUGUUCUAUUAUGAAAUUCUCAACUCACCUGAUCGUGCUUGUAACCUUGCGAAACAGGUAAUAUUCUCUGCUUUGGUCGAUUAUUUGUCUUGAAUCACUCUCUCUCUG